AUGCCUUGCUGUCGCUUGUGUCUCACUCCCACUGUCUUACUGCUGUGCUUCUCACUCUCUCACCACCUCACCCACCCACCUCUCAUCACCCAUGCAGUCUUUGACGUGGACAUUGGAGAUGGAGUGCCUGUGCGCAAGCUGCCAUACAACCACGGAGACAACCCAUAUGACGUGGCGGACAAGUGGUUGUUGUCACAGGAUCUGCCGCUGGGGUACCGAGAGCAGGUGGUGGAUUUCAUCCUGCGCAACACAGGCCAGGGACCUGCCAUGCCACUUGGGGCCACCAUUCCUGACCCGUACACUGGUGGCCAAGCAUACGUGCCAUCAGCAACACCCUCGUGGGGCGGACCUACCCCUGCCUCACGAGCCCCUGUGCAAGCCCCACCAGCACCAGCAGCGGUGGCAGCACAAGCACCACAGGACAAGCUGUUCCCCAAGAGAGGCUACCUGGUGUUUGACUCAGCGCAAUACGAUGGCAUUAUGAAGAAGCUAAAGGAGUUUAACACUACGCUUGCAUCACAACAACCAUCAUCAUCAUCACCGUCGCCUGUGGUGCUAUCAGAAGAGCAACUGGAGCAGCUAAACGGAUUGGUGUCUGUGCUCAAGGAUACCUCGCACUACCACUCCUCCUCCUUUACUCCGCAGCACUAUGCACUGCUCUCCUCCCUGCUCUCAACCUGGCCUGCUGCCAACCUCUUUCCAGCGUUGGACCUGCUGCGGAUGAUGCUGCUGCACCCAUCAGGCGCUGCUUGGUUCGCUGCCAAUGCCUCUGGGCCUGACGGCAUGCUGAUUGCAUGUAUGCGCAGAGCAGCAGCGGACCCACCCACGCCUGCCAACCACCUCACGGGCGUGCGCGUGGCAGUCAAUGCGUUCGGCCUUCCUGCCAUGCACCAGUGGCCUCGCCAACACCGCGCAGAGGUUCUCGACCUCUUUGCCCCCUGUGUCUCUUCCUCCAAUAAGAAUGUUCGACUUGCUCUCGCCACUCUUCUGCUCAACUAUGCAGUGCUGCUGGUAGAUGGUGCAGCAGCGAAGGGAGAGGACCAGGAGGAGGGCCAGUGCAGACCCUCUCUGCUGCCUUCGAGCUGGCGGCAGCAUCGGAGGCGGAUCCCGAGGUUCGCUACCGAGCACUGCUUGCCAUUGCCACUCUCAUGCACAGUGGCGUGGUGA